GCGAAGGCGGCGGUGGCGGCCGGCAUGGGCGAUGGGGGCGCCGAGCGCGACCGCGGCCCCGCACGCCGGGAGUCGCGCGGCGGGCGGGGCGGGGACCGCGGCGGAGCGGAGGACUCGACCGCUGAUGCUGGCGGCCGCAGCCCAAGGGAUACUGCCGGGACCUCCGCCUCCAGCCCCGCGGGCUCCAGGGAGAGCGGCGCCGACAGCGACGGGCAGCCCGGGCUCGGCGAGGCAGACCACUGCCGCCGCAUCCUGGUGCGAGAUGCCAAAGGGACCAUCCGGGAAAUUGUCCUGCCCAAGGGCCUGGACCUGGACCGGCCCAAGCGGACCCGCACAUCCUUCACAGCCGAGCAGCUCUACCGCCUGGAGAUGGAGUUCCAGCGCUGCCAGUACAUGGUGGGCCGUGAGCGCACUGAGCUGGCCCGCCAGCUGAACCUCUCCGAGACCCAGGUCAAGGUCUGGUUCCAGAACCGCCGUACCAAGCAGAAGAAAGACCAGAGCAGAGACCUGGAGAAGCGAGCAUCCUCCUCAGCCUCCGAGGCCUUCGCCACCUCCAACAUCUUGCGGCUGCUGGAACAGGGCCGGCUGCUGUCCGUGCCCAGGGCCCCCAGCCUCCUGGCGCUGACCCCCGGCCCGCCUGGCCUGCCUGCCGGCCACAGGGGCACCUCCUUGGGCGGCCCCAGGAACUCCUCCCAGCGCCUCAACCCGCUGAUCUCGGCCCCGGUGUCCCCACCACUGCCGCCCCCUCCGCCAGCCCUCUGCUUUUCCACUGCCCCGCUCCUGGACCUGCCUGCUAGCUACGAACUGGGCUCCUCGGCCUUCGAGCCCUACAGCCGGCUAGAACGAGGAGUAGGCAGCCCCGGCGGCGGCAAGAAAGCUAACACUUAAACCUCCACCCCCGUGUGACACCGAGUCCCCAAGCACAGCACCGCCCCUACCUCCUGUGCCCCAGCGGACUGCCCUGAGCAGGCACCCAGAGGAGGGGUGGCAGCCACACACCCUGCCCCACUCGUCCCCCAGCUCAGAGACUCUCGACCAGACAUCCUUGGUCGCGCAACGUGUGUGUGCGUGCAGUGUGCGUGUGCCUCUCACUGAAAUAAAAGGAAAACAAUGACAAG